ACACCGGGGCAAAUGGCAAGCAAAACUAGGAAGGAGCCGCUUCUGUACAUGGAGGAGUAUCGGGUGAAGCAGGAUCCGCAGGACUAUGGACUGGCGGACGAUGUUUUUUCCAUUCAGGCGUUCAAGGAAAAGCUCCACAUCAAAAUCGUCAGAAACGACGAGGACGGCCUGGAGUUCGAUCUGAUUGGCGUGUAUCCCGCCAUUGCAAAUGCCUUUCGUCGCCUGAUGCUCAGCGAUGUGCCCAGCAUGGCCAUCGAAAAGGUGUACAUAUACAACAACACCUCGAUCAUCCAGGACGAGGUACUGGCCCAUCGAAUGGGUCUACUUCCGCUGCGGGCUGAUCCCCGGCUAUUCGCAUACCGUACCGAGGAGAGUACUGAGGCGGGGACCGAGCAGGAUACGCUUGAAUUUGAGUUGAAGGUGAAGUGCUCGCGGCGACGGGAUGCUGGAAAGGAUCAGUCCAACUUCGAUGACAUUUACAAAAACCACAAAGUGUACUCGGGUCAUCUGAAGUGGCUGCCGAAAGGAAAGCAGGCGCAGAUUUACAGCGAGAGUGCUGUGAACUGUAUUCACGAUGACAUACUGAUUGCCCAAUUGCGACCGGGUCACGAGUUGGAUCUGCGCCUGGUGGCGGUUAAGGGACUUGGACGGGAUCACGCGAAGUUCUCGCCGGUGGCCACGGCCACCUACCGACUGCUGCCCCUGAUAAAGCUGAACCGCGAGGUGACCGGAAAGGAUGCGUACCUAUUACAGAACUGUUUCUCACCAGGAGUAAUUGGCAUCGACGAGAAUGAAACUGCCUAUGUAAAGGAUGCGCGCUACGACACGUGCAGCCGAAAUGUGUAUCGCUAUCCCCAGCUAAACGACGCUGUGACUUUGGCCCGUAUCCGAGAUCACUACAUUUUCUCCGUGGAAUCAGUCGGCGCACUGAAGCCCGAUGUCAUCUUCCUGGAGGCGGUCAAGGUAUUGAAGAGAAAGUGUCGGGCGCUUAUCGACGAAAUUGAGGCAGAAUAGUUAUUUAUUUAGUUGUUAAAGAAAUUAUAUUAUGUACAUAAGACAGCUUGAUAUAAAUUGUAAGCCUACGAA